AUGUCCCGCAAGCCGGCGGCCAAGGCCCGGGCCGCUGCCGGAGCGGGGAAAGCGCGGCGGCCCCGGCAGCCCCGCUCCGCGUCAGCCGCGGGGCCCGGCUCCGGCGGUGGAGGCCUCGUCAGGCAGCUCCGGGCCCUCGGCCUCAAGCUGCGGGAGGUGCCUGGCGAUGGCAAUUGUUUGUUUCGGGCCCUGGGUGACCAACUUGAGGGACACUCACGAAACCACCUCAGGCAUCGCCAGGAAACGGUGGAUUACAUGGUAAAGCAGCGGGAGGAUUUUGAGCCUUUCGUGGAGGAUGAUGUGCCCUUUGAGAAACAUGUUACCAACUUGGCAAAUCCUGGUACCUUUGCUGGCAAUGAUGCUAUUGUGGCCUUUGCAAGGAACAAUCAAUUGAAUGUGGUUAUUCACCAGUUUAAUGCUCCACUGUGGCAGAUUCAGGGCACAGACAGAAACAAGGCGAGGGAGCUUCAUAUUGCCUAUCGUUAUGGAGAGCACUAUGACAGCGUGAGGAGAAUUGAUGAUGAUUCAGAAGCUCCAGCCUAUCUUCAGAUGGAGACACUUUGCAGAAAUGAUUUAAAUAAGGAGCAGGAAGUGAAGCCUCAGAAAAGUGACUCUGAAGAUGAGGCUGAAGUUGAAAUAGAAGAUGCUAUACAAAAAGUGUGUGAUGCAACUGGAUGUUCAGACAUUGAUUUAGUAAGUCACUUUCUGGAAGUGGAAGACUACAAUAUAGAAUCUGCAAUCAUUGCCAUCAUUCAAGUGAAUGAAGUGGAAGGCAUCAGUACUGAGGAGCAGCAUGAUGCCCAGAGCAAAGAUCAGAAGUCAUGUAGCAGAGCUCUGCAGGAAGAAAAUGGAAGUGGUUCAAGAAUGUGCAGAAAUCGGAGCAUGCAUCAAGGUGAAGGAGAAAACAACAAAGGUCGGGCUAGACCCAAGGAAGAGAAUGGAGCUAGCAGAAACCCAAAGGUACCUAAAAAACAAAAGAAGGAACAGCAGCGACUAGAGAAGAAGAAGCGACAAGAAGAAAGGCACCGACAAAAGGUCUUGGCCACCAAGAGUAACUGUGUAGAUAGCAACAGGAGGGAGCCAGACUCAACCAACCACAUCACCUUGGUGAAGGCCAUGGCAGCUCUAAACAUUUGACUGAAUGUGUUCCGAGUGCUGUGGUGAGAAGAGUAAAUAACACUGACAAAGACAAAACUCCUCUUAAGCACGUUUCCAAGCAGCCACCGGGUAUCUUCAUCUGUUUCUGCCAAGAUCUCUAAGCAGACAUGAACUUCCCAUUUCUUGGACUGGCCAACAAUUGUUCAGUAAUUCUGCACCAGCCUCUGUGUGAGAAGAGCUGUUUGAACUCAACAAAAAGCAGAGGCUUAUAGAACUUUGGAGUUAGAUGAAGGUGAGAAGCUUCUCUUCACACAGUGGUGUCAGAUAUUCUUUGACAUCUCUUGAUAUGCUUUCUUUGGUUAUGCUUGGAGGAGCUUUACUUUACUAUGCUGUCAGGGAAAGCUUAACAAUUCUCAACUCAGGAACUGAGGGUUUGGGGCUUUUUUUUAUUUAAAUAAAGAGAACUUGAUUCCAGAA